UGGCUUAGGACUCGGUUCCUUCUUUAAUAUGAUUGGUUAGGUUUAGGCACGAGGAGCAAGAUUGGUCAACAUUAGGCUAAGAAUACCAGGGUAAGCUUAUGAGAGCAAGAGUAAGGCAAAGUAGGGCGGGACAUGCCUUCGCUAUCCUAGGAAACGCGAAUUCGCCUACAGGAGGAUACUCUUGGAUCGAAGUGUAGUUUUAAAUCAUAACAUUAACACAAAAACCGAAAAUCAAGGACAACAUUUCGUUACAUUGUGACAUUAACGCAUUCACCGGAAUACAUUGAUGGGGGACAUACAGAAUGCUUUGCUCUGACGUUGAACACCAGCGAAGAGAAACAGAACAGGACAACGCGCGUGGACCCUGAAUAGUGCUUCUCAUGGCUGGUCAACUCCUCAAAGUAUCCUCUCUGGCCACAGCAGUUUUUGCCUCUUCUGGGUUUUACAUCUACAACAGACAGCUGAACCUCAAUGACCUGACUGUCAUCCGCUUUGGACGAGCUGCAGCCACCACGGCGGUCAUCAGUUUCGACUAUCUGACUUCCUUUAAACAUGUGGAAUAUGGCACAGAGGAGUACUGGGCACUCAGGUCCAAGGUACAUCUGAGGUCGGCAGAACGUCUUCGAGACUUGUGCUGUGCCAACCGGGGUACUUUUAUUAAGGUGGGCCAGCAUCUCGGUGCCCUAGACUACUUGCUGCCUCAGGAGUACACAUCCACACUUAAGGUGCUCCACAGCCGUGCUCCUCAAAGCAGCAUGGAGGAGGUCAAGCAGGUCAUAAGAGAAGAACUCAGCAAGGAUCUGUCAGAGUUAUUUGUUUCCUUUGAAGAGAAGCCUCAGGGUGCAGCCUCCUUAGCCCAGGUCCACAAGGCAGUGCUGCAUGAUGGGAGGACAGUGGCCAUCAAGGUCCAACACCCCAAAGUCCAGAGACAGAUGUCUAGGGACAUAGCGGUGAUGGAGGUGCUGUUGAGGGCAGUCCAUUGGCUCUUCCCAGACUUUGCCUUCAUGUGGUUGGUGGAGGAAGCCAAGAAGAACAUUCCGCUGGAGCUGGACUUCCUUAAUGAAGGACACAAUGCUGAGAGGCUGGCCAACAUGCUGGCCCACCUCCCUUUUCUCAAGAUUCCCAUCAUCCAUUGGGAUCUGUCAACAAAGAGGAUCCUGACCAUGGAGUUUGCUGAAGGGGGGCAGGUCAACGACACAGACUACAUGAAAAAACACAGCAUUAAUGUCAACGAGAUAUCCGAGAACCUGGGAAAGAUGUAUAGUGAAAUGAUCUUUGUUCAUGGCUUUGUACAUUGUGACCCACACCCUGGCAACGUGUUGGUCCGAAAGUGUCUGCAGAGCAAGAAGACAGAGAUCAUCCUGCUUGAUCAUGGCCUUUAUCAGGUCCUGGAGUCAGACUUCAGGUUGAACUACUGUCGGUUGUGGCAGGCUCUGAUUAAAGGUGACAUGCCCGGGGUGGAGCGUUACAGCCUCAGACUGGGAGCUGGAGAUCUUUACCCGCUGUUUGCCUGCGUGCUCACCGCUCGUUCCUGGGCAGCCAUCAAUGUUGGCAUCAGUUCUGUGCCUGUCACACACUCUGAGGGAAAGGCCUUUGAAGUAGAAGAGAGCAGCACACUAACGCUCACAUGGCAACUCGAGCAGCAAUCUUCAACAUCAAAGAGAAAAAAUAGUCAUCAUGGAGGCAAACAUCAUCCCGCUGUCUCUCUUUUUCUUUCUUUAUCAUUUCUCUAUUUACAGUAUGUUGCCAUUUCUACUGAGGCUUUUGCGUGCUAUUCUUGUUUUAAUACCCUUAUCCUUACUAUGUACUUUCUUUGUCUGGAAUUUUAAACAGACUUGUAGCCCACGCACACCGUUGUAAUUAGCACUGGAUCUUAGAAAUGGAUCAAUAAUCUUUUUCUUCCAGGAGGGAAAUUUGUUUUCCCAAUCUACACAUGUCCAUGUCUGACAAAAAACAUACUACGCUGGACAUCAAUUAUACAUGCAUAUACUCAUUCAUGCCCCUUCCUUUAUCCCCACUUAAAGUACCCUUGCAUACACAGGUACACAUGCUCACAUAAAU